AUGAUAUUUGCCUUUUUUUGUUUGGCAUUUCAAGGCUAAGCCUAUUUGAGUUUAGAAUUAGGUCAGACAUAUAAUGAUGCUAUUGUGCCCUGGCAAGGUGAGACAAAUUACAAAUAUUACCAAAUUGAUAUAAAGAAAGCAAUUAGAGAUAGAGAUCUAAUAAUAGUUGUGAAGCAGCAAUCCACAAUAGGAAAUCCUGAUAUUUACAUUUCAUCCUUGGGUCAAAAGCCUAAUAAAACAUAUUCAGAAUUUCAAUGCAAUUCUCAAGGAAUGGACAUCUGCGUGAUUCCAUAACCUGAAAACAAGACUUAUUAUUUGGCAGUUUAUUGUGAAGAUUAUUGCAGAUAUAAUUUAAAGGCUGUUUAUUAAGAUGAAUUAAUGAUGACAAAUUCCGACGACUUGGAGUUUAAGUUGAAUAAUACUAGUUGGACUGAAAUAAUUAGAAUCAAUAUAAAUGAGUUAAUAUAAUACCCAGUUAAAUAGAAUUAAAAUUUAGAAGUGGCAGUAUAAAUCAAAAAUGUUGAAAUCUUGUAGGAAUCUUUCCAAUCUUUUAUGAAUUUUGGAAUGCAAAGACCAUCUCUCUAAAAAUAUGAUUACAAGGGAUUGGACACAUUCUCAGGGAUGUAGAAAUUUAAGAUUAACAACAUAAAGGCAAAUCAAACUUAUACCCUUUUAGUGGAAGCCUAAUAAGGAGCAAUUGUGUACAUAAAGACAAGGACAUAUGGAUCCACAAGGUAUAUCAAUGUGGGAGAAUCAAUUGAGGAUGUUAUUUAAGAGAAUGAAUUUGCAUUCUAUAUAUUGAAUGUUACUGCUGAUCACGAGUUGUUUUAUUCAGGAUAACUCAUUUUGAAUAUCCAGUUAAUAUCCUUCAAAGGUUAUCCAACAAUGUAUGUUAAUCUUGAUGAAAAUCCAGUAUCUUUAGAGGAUUAUUAUUGGAAAUUACAUGACGGAGUGACUGAUGACUUGAUUAUUACCAACGAAGACUUGAGUCGCUUGAAAGCCAAAGGGCUCUAUGUUUAUAUAGCCAUCUAAGCCAAAGAGUCUGUUGCAACGUUUGAAUUGAAAUCAUAAAUGCUCAACCCUGAUUUAAUGGUAAUGGAAUUAAACAAGCCAGCUAUUAGCAAGAUGAGCAAGUCUAAAUAUCAUCAAUAUAAAUUCUUUAUCAAAAGCAAUAAACAACAAAGUGUUAGUGUUAGUCUAAAAAAUAUAAGAGGAGAUGCUGACAUCGUUCUAAAACCUUGCAAUGAAUUCUGGACUUGUAUUUUUAGUGAAGAGGAACAUUAAUUUAUCAAUUCUCAGAAUUUCAAAAAUAACAUCACUGAAAAUUAAUAUUAUUACUCAUUCAAUCCUGGAAAUGACAUCAUCAUUUUCGAUUAUCUACCAGUCAAUUGCAGAUCCUAUGAGAAUGUACAUAUGUGUUUCUAUGCAAUAUUGAUCCUCCCAGGUGAGUAUAAUGUUGAUGAUGAAUUAACCUAUUCUAUUCUAAUAACAACCAAACAAGAUAACAUUAUUUUAAAAGAAAACACCCCCAUUAAACAAUUUGUAUUCCAUGAAUUCUACAACUAUUAUAAAUUCACAGUGAAUGAUGGCGAUUACAUUAAGAGAUUGUUCAUCUAAUUAACACCUAUUUAGGGAUAACCAAAGCUAUUUACAUCUAGAACUCAAAUGUCACCAACAAAAGAAGAAAAUGAACGUCAAGGUGUUCUUAAUUAAGUCCUUUAUGGAGACAACACUGAUUCAGAAUCUGUUAAUGGAACUAUAUACAUUGGAGUCUACGGAGAGACUGCUAGUUAAUAUAUUAUUACUGCAAUAGUGUACAGAAAGUAAGAAGACUGGGGGACCAUUGGUAAAUAUGCCCAUCAAUACAUAUAAUUGAUUGAAGGUUAGCCCUAAGAAAUUGUUACUGUGUAUUCUACUGAUGUUUAACUAUUCAAAAUCGAUCUAAGUGGAUACAAUGCUCAUAAUUCAGCAUCUCAAAAUCAGAUGAAAGUGUUUUUAAGAAUCAAUUCUGGGUAAUUUAAGAUGUAUGGAUUUGAUCAUCCAGAGACUGACAUUAAAACAACUAAUCUAACUGGAUCCAACUAAUUAACAUUCACCAAGGCAGCCUAUCCAUAGUAUCUAUUCAUUAGAGUUUAGAUUCAUCAUUCUUAUACUUAUCCACUCUACUCAUAUAAGAUUAAUUUUAAAGCCAGUUCCUAGCCUAUUGAAUUAGUAAUUGGAGAUAACUAUUAAGGGUUCAUAGAGCAGUCUGAUAAAUAAUUGUUCUUUGUAAACUUCUAUAAAAAGGAAGAUUUAUAUUUCAAUCUUCACCCUCAUAAUAGUGAUGAAUCCAUUUUGUCAGCCACUAUUAAAAUUUAAGAUGAUAUUAUUAUUAUGAAGGACUAAAGCAUGAUACUCAAUGCUAAUUAAAUGAAAUUUGAAAAUUGCAAGAGAACUGAAGAGAUAGUUUCAUGUUCCAUUUCUAUCGAAGUGGAAUCAAAAGAAGAUACUUAUUAUUCCUUUUUGGUCUCAAAAGAAUCCUAAAUCAUUAAUCUAUAUAAUGAAGAACCCAUCACAAAAACAAUUGCAAAUAAAUUGGAUUUUUUCACAUUUCUAAUAACUGAAGAAACAGAAAUAGCAUUAUAUUCAUUUACAGCUAACAUUAGAAUUUUAGUGAAUAUCAUUCAACUAAACCCACCAGCUUUAGAGGAUUUUCCCACUAAUGAUUACAAUUCGUAGUUUCAGUCCUUAAAUGAUAAUAUCAAAAUUGAAAGUUCUGUUUUUAUUUCCUUAGAUGAGAUCGAAAAGUUGAAUUGCAAUAAUAUUAUAUGCUAUGCUGCAGUCACUUGCACUCAGGCAGAUCCAUCAAAUAAAGAUAAUCAUGAAUAUACAAUAUUGCGAUCAUCUGGGGCGGUUAAACUAUAUGAAGGAUUUGUUUAUUCUGGUAAGAUUAGUUCAAAAAUAAUCAAAUAUUUUAAAGUAGUAGAUGUUAAAGAAUCAAUUGGUUUGCAAAUCUUUGUCGCUAAAGCUCAGAUAAAUGUGUUAAACAUAUUAGUAGGUAUUAAUUAAAUGCCAACUGAGAAGCUUUACGAUUAUACUUCUGGCUUCAAUUAUGGGGAUUAUUUAUUAAUUCCUCCAAAAGACAAUUCAGAUCAAAUCGUAACUUAUUACAUUGGUGUUUUUGCAUUUUAAGAAUAAACUAUGUCCAUUUAAGUUAAAAUGGGACUUGCACGUUUUUAUAACAUUUUAAUCCAAAAACCAUUUAGUUUAAAUCUACCUCAUAAUUCGUAAACCUUCUUAUCCUUUACUGUUGGUCCCCAUGACUCUUUUCGCAUUAUGAUAAGUUCAAAUUCUCUAAUUGAUUACAUAAAACCAAAAAUUCACAUCAAACGCUAUAAAAAGGAAGAAUAAUCAUAGGUCAUGAAUGAUAUACAACUUGAAUAUGAUUGGAAAAUAGAAGACUAUUUCUUGGAAGUUCCAAGUGUUUCAGAACAGCAUUGUGAAAAAUGCUUGUAUCUGAUGUAUUUGGAAAAUAACUAUUAGGAUAUCCAACUAACCAUUACAAUUGCGAAGAAGAAUAGCUUAAUUCAGAUGCAAGACAAUCUUGAAAUCAAGAGUUAACUAAACACCUAAGAAUUUGAUAGAUUCCUAUAUAUUCCUUAUAAUUAUGGGGAUUUCUAUUUGAAUGUGACAGUUUUUAAAGGGAAAAUCUAUUUGUUCGAAAAAAAAACUGACUUUGAUAAAGACUAUUCUGUACAUCGUCUAUCUCUUGAAGAAAAUGACGGGACAGUCGAUUAUUUGAACAACUAAGUAGCUAGUCGGGAGGGUAUUCAUGCCAAUCGCUCCUUGUUUAUAAGCAAUGUGAAACCAAAAUACAAUCUAUCAGUGUAUGAAUUCAAAGUAUUUUCUAACUCCUCCUCUUAAACAGUUUACUAAAUUGAAAUCAUAGAUUAAAAUCAAGCAAUUGAAUUGAAAGUUGGGCAGCCUUAAUUAAUUAAGAUUAAUUUACAACAAUAGGCUCGAUUAUACUUUGUUAUUCCGAAUAAAAUUGAUAAUUACAGUGACGACUACUAUUCUAUAAUAAUUGAAAUUGCAGCUGUUGUAUAUGAUAAAAUUAUUCGCGCACCAGGAGUAACCUUGAAACAAGAUAGAUACAACAAUCGUGACAUUCAAUCUGAUUAUCAUGAUUUUGUUGAUGUUUAAAUAUCUCUCCUACAAGAAUUAGAUACAAUUACUUAUAUCUAGAUACCUAGUAUACCAGGUCUCUAUUUCCUGACCUUAACUCCAUUGGAAAUGGCUCAUUACCCCUACUCUAUAAUGUUGGGAAACAAAGAUUUUAAUAUCCUAACACCUAAGUCAAAUAGGCUGAUUAGAGCAAAAGUUGGUGAAUAAUCAAUCUGGGAAAUUCACCUUCAAGAGACCUCUAAUCUAUUUAUACAAGCUUAAUUGUGUGGAGGAAUUGUCAACAUUUUUGGGAGUUCCUCUAGAGACGAUCUCAAUUUGGGUUUUUAUCAAGACAAAAUAGACUCCAUACAAGAUAAACAAUUAAUUGGAACAAUUCAAUCUGUCAAGCCUAAUAUUUAUUACUUAAAUGCUAAAACUAUCAAAAGUACAACAUCUAAGGACUUUAUUUCUUUUAUAUUAAGAUUGGACAUUAUAAAAAAUGACACUGAAAUUCCUACAGAUCAUUUCUAUCCUGGAGAUGGGGGAGAGUUUAAAUUAUCUUAUACAGAUAAUUAUUUGUAUGCCUACUUCUCUCCAAUUUAAUCUUCUGAAAAGUCAAGUUAAAAUUAUGUAUUAGAGAGCAUUACUUAUACUUUCAUCUAUUAAAACCAGAAUUUAAGUGAUAAUGCGCAAUUAGAUAAAUGCAAUCAAAAUGCCCAAUAUCAUUCGUUGACUAUCAAAAGAAGUAAACAUAACCCUUUAACUACUCUGACCUAAAAAAAUUAUCAUGGAUCUGAUAUUCAAAAAGUGCUAGCCACCAUAUAAGCCACUGUGAAUAUAAAGACUAAAAAUUAUGAGAGAUUAAAAUUAUCGUACUUCUAUAAAACACAAAUAUUGGAAUAAAACAUAUUAACAAAUUCAUAUGCUGACGAAAUUACAAGGGGAAUGUUUAUCGUUUUGAUAACAGUGUUAUUAGCUGGAUUAUUCUUAUUGAUCAUCAAAUAUAGAAAUCUUAGAUCGAUGACUAAAUAUGAAGCUUAAACUUAAGUGUCUAAUCCACCACAAGAACAGUAAAUUGAGAUGCAUUAUACAAAUUUAAGUUUGUGA